GUGAUAUUUACAAAGUCACAUGACUGGCCAGAAGUCCCAUUUGACGCCAAAACACAGGGGUCUGAGGAAACGCUGGUAUGGCAGAUUGGACAAAGUUAAGGUGACAGUCGAGGGUGAAUAUUUUCUAAAUUAACCAGCGGGACAUGCCAGAGUUUCUGUCUGCUUCCUCUGAGGUAAAAUGGCGUUGUCUUCAUCAGUACUUUUGGUUCUUGUUUUCCUCACAGCUGAAGUGACCCUCUCUACAGGAAGCAAUGAAUGUGUUGCCAGAAACUUUGGCCAUGGCUCUGUGGUGUGUGAGUGUAAUUCCACCCACUGUGACAGUGUGGGGUCCGUCACCCUGCAUCCUCUGGGACAGUUCUCCUCCUACCUGAGCAGCAGGGCCGGCAGCAGACUGGAGGCAGGCAGGGGGGCGGUCCAGGGGAACAGCACCGGGGCAGGUCUCAGGUUGACCAUCGUUCCCUACCAGAAGUACCAGAAGAUCAGGGGGUUCGGAGGAGCCAUGACGGACGCAGCAGCCAUUAACAUCCUGUCUCUCUCUGCCGGGGCACAGGACCAGCUGCUGUGCCAGUACUUCUCCCCUGAAGGUAUUGGUUACAGCGUGGUGCGUGUCCCCAUGGCCAGCUGUGACUUCUCCACCCGUCUGUACACGUAUGCCGACACACCUGGAGACUACAACCUAGACAACUUCACGCUGGCCCCCGAGGACAUCAAAAUGAAGAUCCCUCUCCUGCAGCGCGCUCAGGCCUUGUCUCCUGUCCCUCUGUCUCUGCUGGCCAGUGCCUGGAGCGCCCCCGCCUGGAUGAAAACUAACGGGGCCCUCAUAGGAAAAGGCUCUCUGAAGGGGCAGCCUGGGGGCAAGGAGCACAAAUCCUGGGCCCAGUACUAUAUCAGGUUCCUGGAGGAAUAUGCUAAAUAUAACUUGACCUUCUGGGCUUUGACCACAGGGAAUGAGCCCUCUGCAGGACACAUAACAAACUACAGUUUCCAGGCUCUUGGCUUCACUCCUGAGGAGCAGAGGGACUGGGUGGCUCUGGACCUCGGCCCUGCCCUGCACACGUCCUCACACACACACACACACGUCCUCAUCCUGGAUGACAACCGCCUGCUGCUGCCUCACUGGGCUAAAGUGGUCCUAAGUGACAUUCACGCAGGAAAGUACAUUCACGGCGUUGCGGUCCACUGGUACCUGGACAGCCUGGUCCCAGCUGAGAUCAGCCUGGGAGUCACACACCAUCUCUUCCCAGAGUAUUACCUGUUUGGCACCGAGGCCUGCUCUGGUUUCAGCCCACUAGACAGAGGGGUGAAGCUGGGUGGCUGGGACAGGGCUGAACACUACGCACGGGACAUUAUAGAGGACUUAAAUCAUUAUGUGGUGGGUUGGACUGACUGGAACCUGGCGUUGGAUCAGACUGGUGGGCCAAACUGGGUUAAAAACUUUGUGGACAGCCCUGUUAUAGUGGACGCAAAGCGGGAUGUGUUCUACAAGCAGCCACACUUCUACAGCAUCGCCCACUUCAGUAAGUUCCUGUUGGAGGGGUCUCAGAGAGUGGGUGUGUUGGCCAAUCAGCACACUGAUCUGGAAUACACUGCCUUCAUCAGACCAGAUGGCUCAGUGGUGCUCAUCAUUCUCAACAGGUCAUCGACCGUGAUCCAGUUUGAAGUCUGGGAUCCCGCUGUGGGUUACAUCUCCUCCACAGUACCGGACCAUUCAUUGAUCACUCUUGCCUGGAAUACACAAUAAUCAUUAAUACAAGUUGACAUACAUUUGUUCCUACUCAAUCACAAAUAUCUCUAUUCAUGUCAAAAUGCCACAACGUUGGAUUCUCUCUCACACACCUUUUCUAAUUAAUUGGUUGCAAGAUUGAUUUAUUAUCUGCUGUACUUCAGUGCAGUUUUGGCGAUUUCUCUUAACGUCAGCAAACAAGAGUAUUUUCAACUAAUUAGACUUUUAUUCCUAAGCCAAAAAUGCUUUUUUCUGCACUGACUCCUAUCAGGAAUGAUCUUAGAAAGUACUGAAUGUAUGUAUUGGUUCUCCAGGAUGACCUGUGUUGAAGCUGGUGCCUUGAUCGGCAGCUUUAAAAUGGUUUAAGUGUCCUUACAAUAUCUAAAGACAGAAUAUAAAUGAUGUACAGAAAUUGUAAAUGCUUCAUGCUUUUGCUAUUUAAUUUUUAAAUAAAGUGCAUUUGUCUUAAAAUAUAA